AUGGAUUAUAAACGUCUGGUACUCCAGACGUUUAUAACCCAUGGCCAAAUUAUGCAUUCACAGGUAAAAAAAAGUCCGUUGCGCCCCAAAAAAACAUCCGCACCGCGUACUGGGUCCGAUCAUAUACCACGACCUGAUUAUGGCGAUCAUCCAGAAGGUAUACCCCUAAGUGAACAACAAGUUAAACUAGCAUCUCACAUCAAAGUGUUGAAUGACGAAGAACUAGGAGAAAUGAAAAUAGCUUGUAAGCUUGGCCGUGAAGUAGCAUUAAUGAUCGAUGUUGGCGUAGUAACCGAUGAAAUCGAUAGAAUAUGUCACGUAGCGUGUGUUGUAAGAGAAUGUUAUCCGUCACCGCUGAACUAUUACAAGUAUCCAAAGUCAUGUUGUACAUCUGUUAAUAGAGUUAUCUGUCAUGGUAUACCGGACAUGAGACCUCUAGCCGACGGAUACAUUUGCAAUGUCGACAUAACUGUAUGUCAUCGAGGAUAUCAUGGCGAUUUGAAUGAAACGUUCUUAAUAGGGAAUGUGUCUAAAACUGCUGAAAAAUUAGUCAAUGUAACAUGGGAAUAUUUACAGAAAGCCAUAAAUACAGUUGAUCGCAUAAGAUACCUACGUCAUAUUUUGUUGUUCAUUUUUUUCCUGAGCAGAGCUAGUGAAAACAUUUGGCCGUUGUGUACACCGCACGGUAUAGCUGAAUCUCGAAAACAAAAACAACGGCUAACUAACCCAGAACCAAGCUUAGCAGUGAAUGUUAUUCGACCUAAAUUUACGUUAUAG